CCCGUCGAAUUGAAAGUGACGGAACGAGGAAACAGAAAACGGAGUAAUAUAUUCCGAAAGUGCCCGAGAAGAGAGAGAUUAUAAAGAAAAUAAAAAGUAAUGUACAAUGCCUUCAAAUUCGACUCUCUUAAUCAGUCAGAUCCGUAUUGAAUGUAUGUCGAAAGAAACGUUUUAAGAGGCAGUGGAAACGUUGCCAUCAUAAACGUGUGGGUAUAGAACGUUUGCCGAGUCCGUCCGUUCCCGCCAGUGUGUGCAUGUGUGUGUGUGUGCGUGCGUUCGUCGGUGUGAGUGUGUUCGUUCAACGUUGCCAAGUAAAGUGUAUAGCUAAUCCUUAUGCUGGGACACGCCUCUGUAAACCGAUGCUGAAUCAAAAAAGGCGUUGAAGUGAAGAAAUAAAAAAAGAAAAAGGAGAAAGAAGAAAAAGAAGGAGAGAAGCGAAAGAAGUUAUUUUUUAAUCACGACUUAUCCAAGGAAGCACGAUGGCACAACACAAGGAAGCAAUGAAUCGGAGGUAAAAAUUAAGGAUUACUGGACACGUGUUGAACAGCUUCGCCAUGUGGCUGUCCCCGAGCCGUCCCAUCCCCCUCCUCGGCAUCGUCCUCGUCCUCAUCGUGGUCGGGGCCAAAGCUCAGGAUUACAGCAAGCUCUCUUCACAAAACUACGUGACGCCCUUCAAGAGAGGAUGGAAGGAGCAGCAUCCCUUGAGACACCAUGGGAUGCACCGGAAUGUGAUGCACGGUGAUCCUUAUAAAUGGUUCACGGGGUUCGAACAUUCCAAGAUGAAGAGGCGCCAUGGUGGGAAGCUGACCCCGUCGUACUUCGUGAUAGCGCCCACCAUGAUCCGCCCAGCCUCCGUCUACCGCGUGGUGAUCGGCGUGCUGCAGGGCAAGGAGAGACUCGCGGGCCAGAUCGAGGUCCGCGCAUCGCUCUCCACCUUGCAUGACCGACAGAUGGCCCAAGCUCACCACUCCAUGCGCUUCGGAGAGACGAAAUCGCUCAUCAUGAAGGCUCCCGAGGACAUUGGAUCGGCCAGCGGGGGCGACGGACUGAAGCUGAAGGUGGAGGGCCGGAUGGGAUCUCAGGUUCUCUUCAGCAACACAACCCACGUUGCUGUCACCACCCGCUUCCUCACCAUGCUAGUUCAGAUGUCGCGGCCUCUCUACACGGGCAGCCAGAGAAUUGAGUUUCGCGUUGUGUUGCUGCGAACGGAUAUGCGGCCUUAUCAGGGACCCGUUCAUGUGUACGUUCUGGAUACGGAUGGCUUCGUGGUAAAGCGCUGGCUGUCUCGCUUCCCAAGCACAGGUGUGGUGGAGCUCAAGAUGGGGACGCCUGGCCUGCCGAAGUUUGGGUGGUGGCGGGUGAAAGUGGUGGCAGGUAGCCAGGUCCACUACCACCCGUUUUAUAUUACCAAGUACUUCGCACCGAGAUUUGAGGUGUUGGUGGAGACCCCUUUCUUCACCGUGGCCAGCGAUGGGGCUCUGUCGGGCAGGUUCGGGGGCUUCUUCCUCACCUACAUGCCCGUGGAGGGGUCCGCUAACGUGACUGUGUUCGUGAAGGAGCACUGGAACCUCCCGGACUCCAACUACAGGGAGGUGUUCAUGGAGGAAGUGGGAUAUGUGAACGGCUGGACGGACUUCCGCUACCCCCUGACCAGACUUCAGGCGGACAACCACACCCGUGACCUGAGCAACGCCGAGGUCAAGGUCUUGGUCAGCGUCAAGCACACCUUCAUGGGCGACAUCUAUUCCGGUCAUGCCAAAACCCGACUCGUCUCACCUGGUGUUAAGUUGGCCUUCGUUGGAUCGGCGCCUCUCGUCUUUAAGCCUGGCAUGACACUCUCGUCUGCAGUCGCCGUGAGUUACGAGGACGGCGAGGCAUUGGAAGAGGACAAGUUGCUUCAGUCUACCCUCACCAUCAGCGCCUCUGUCACUUUGGCCUCUGGAGUCACCGCGGCGCUGCCCAAGAUCGUUGCGGAACCAAUCAACGUUCAUCGCCUUAUUCACCCGUGGGACAGCAGCGCCUCCUACGGGCACAACCUCUCGAGCGACAGCCUCCUGAAGGACACCAUAGUCGAGGACAACCUGGCGCAGCAGAAGAUGACCAAGGGCAACCUGACGUAUCCUUCGGACCUGGAGGAUACCAUGUGGCUGGGGAAGGAGGAGGCGAGGAAGAGGAUCCACUCGGCCCUCACCCACCACGCGGCCUUCGUCAGAUAUCACCGGGAUGGGAUUCUGGAAUUUACCUUGGAGAUACCCGAAGGCGCCACAGGAAUCAACAUACACGCCAAUUACCGGGACAGCGAGGGCGAGGGAGCGUCAGCCAGCAUAGGAGGCGACCCGGUACACUCUCCCAAGGGCCGCUACCUGCACAUCACAACCAGCACUGAGACGGCCACAGUGGGGGAGUUUGCGAUCUUCCACAUCAGAGCGAACUUCCCGAUGGAUUGGUUUCAGUACAUGGUGAUGGCCAAAGGGAUGCUGGUUCACUCGGAGACGGAGCAGGUGAAGUGGUCGGGCUGGGAGGUAGUGACCACCCUCAGCAUCGCCAUCGCCCGGGAGAUGUCGCCUCGGUUCACCCUCGUUGUGAUGCACGUGACGCCGGACAACCACGUGCUUGUUGAUACCAUUCACGUGUCCGUCAAAUUCCAUUACUCAAGUCGGGUGGAGGUGGAACUAAAUCAACACAAGGACCACUCCAAGAAGACCGUGGAGGCUUCUAUGAGGGCGGCACCUGGCACCCUCCUGGCCCUCACCUGCACCCGCUGGCCCGGCUGGCUGGCACACCACGCCUCGCGCAUCACGCCGGCCAGGCUGCUCAAGGCUGUGCUGCAGAUGGAGCCGCACCCGAGGUCAGUCCACACAGUCCGCCGGAGGUCACGCAGCGGGUCGCAGUCGGAGCGGGUGGAGGCGCUGUCGGCGGAGAGCACGGGACAGUGGCCUCUCGCGUCCCUCCACCAGGCGGGGCUCACCAUACUGACGGACGCGGUGCUGUCCUCCCCCAGACACUUUGGGCGUUGUGACCACCAGAUGGGCUUCCUGGAGUGUGGGGACGGCACGUGCUACAGACAGACCGAGGUGUGUGACGGCUACGCCCAUUGCCACAACGAGGCUGACGAGCUCCACUGUCUGGCCGUGGCUCAGGAGUACCAGCAGCCAGGUAACUCCACGGAGGGCCGCCUACCAAUUACACCAGAGUUGGAGGAGGAGCAAUUCCGCCUCACUCACAGGUCUUGGUGGCGGGACCUGUUUGACCAGAAGGAAGGAAGCUGGUGCCUCACUCACACCUACUUCGGCCACAAGGGGUACCAGCGGGUGGAGCUAGACGUCCCUCACUCCCCGGGGAAGUGGGUGGUGGAGGGCUUCGCCACGCACAACUACCACGGCCUCCACAUCCUGUCCGAGCAGAGCUAUGACGCCACCCCGCCUCUGCUCAUGAAAGUGGAGGCUCCGUCCGUGUGUCGAAGAGGAGAGCAGAUCGCAGUUCGUGUCCACCUCUACAACUCCCAGACGCAGGCCAUGAUGGUGAUGGUGGUCCUGGAGGGCAGCAAGGACCACCGCUUCGUGCAUGUGGAAAGGGACGCCUCAGUCAGUCACUUCAGCCCCAGACUCUCCUCCGGCGACCACCAGCACCUCAUCACGCUGAAGGGCGGCAAGUUCAAAGAGGUCAAUCUCCCCCUGGCCGUGAUGAGGCAGGCAGGUGACAUGACCAUUACCGUUCGCGCCCUCUCCCAGCUGGGUCAACGCACUGCCACGCUCAAGGUCAAAGUGCAGCCCGAGGGAGCCGAAGUGAGGAAGCACACGUCAGUUCUCCUCGACCUCAAGAGCCGCGCGGUGGUGUACGAGUUCUUCAACCUCCCCGUCGACCAGAGUCCAGAGAUCAGCAAAAGUAUCCUCCGACGCUUCGUUUACGGGUCACCGCGCGCCUCUGUAACUGUGUCAGGCGACGUCUUCGGGCCGGUGCGAGGCGACGCGAUGCUCAACUUCCAGCAAGCCUUCAAGGGACGAUUCUUCAAGAGCUCCGACGGCCUCAACUUCAACUUCGGCGCCACGGUCUGGACGCUCCACUAUCUGCGCCUCACCAACCAGCUCUCCACCGCCGACGUCAAGAAGGCCUUCCAGUUCCUCAAUGUGCAGCUCGCGGGGCUCCUCACUCGCUUCGAUAACGGCUCCUUCAAGAUGUGGCAUUUCUCGAAGCCUUCAGUCUGGGUGACGGCGUGGACCCUGAAAACGAUCCUCGCGGCGCAGCUCGAGGACUGGGAGAACCUGGUGUACGUUGAGCCGCGUCUCGUCACCGCAACCAUAGACUUCCUCAUCCAACACCAGGCAGAGGACGGCAGCUUCCACGAGACGGAGCACUACCGGAACACCACGCUCUCCUACACCAUGGCCUACAAGGGUUUGGCCGGCACGGGGUUUGAGGACAGCGAGGACAAGGGGAGACCUCUGGUGGCGCUCACGUCCCUGAUUGUGACGGUGCUGAGCGAGGCGCUGCCCACGGUGACCGGCGACGUGCAUGGGCGCGCCGUCAGUGCCAAGCUUCGAGCCAUCACGUUCCUGGAGCGCAGCCUGGACAAGCUGUGGGACCCCUACGACGUGUCCAUCACCACCUACGCCCUCACAGUGGGGGCCAGCACGGAGAAGGAGGUGGCCCUCAAGAUCCUCGAGGCUAUGGCGAAGAAGAGCAACGAGGGAGGCUUACACUGGGCGCCGAAGAAGAUCUCCAGCAACACCCGGCUCGCCCAGGACAACCAGAGGAGCUUUCUACUGCCGAAGGAGCCGCAGGAGUGGGACGCGUACGCCGUGGAGGCCACCAGCUACGCCCUGCUCACGUACCUGCUGCGAGAAGGUGUUACCCCGCGUGUCGAGUCCAUCGUGCGCUGGCUGACCUCCGUGCGGGACUGGGACAUGGCCUUCAGCAGCACGGUGGACACGGUGUUAGCGAUGCAGGCCUUGGCGGAGUACAGUCACCGGGCGAGGCUGAGGGACGUGACGAGGCUGGACGUGCAUAUUGAAGCCUCCUCCAUGCCAGACUUCUCCGAGGACGUCUCCAUCACCAACCGCUCCAUCUCGGCCCGGCACUCCUUCCAGGUUCCUCGGCCUUGGGGUCACGUGUUCCUGGAGGCGAAAGGAUCAGGUCAGGCAGUGGCGCAGAUGGACAUUACCUGGGGUGUUGACCUCGACCGCUACCUGGAGAAGCCGCCGAGGAAAUACUUUGACCUGACCGUGACCGAAACGUAUCCGCAUUUCCGCAACAAGUCCGUUAUUAACACCACGAUAUGCACCAAGUGGACAGCGCUGGAGGUGUCCCCGGUGAGUCACGCGGCGUACCUGGAGGUCGAGGUGGCCACGGGGUACUUCAUCGCCCAGCCCGUGGCCAACAAGAUCGUCAAGGAUGCCAUGAAGAGCAGCUUCCCGGAGCUCAUCGACGUCAAGGUGUCCCAGACGCUCCUUUCCUGGCAGUUUAGUUAUGUUCCCAGUGACAAGAUGAACUGUUUUUCCUACACCUUACGAAGACAUUUCCCGGCAGCAAACCUUACCUCAGUUCGCUUCGCUACCAUCUUCGAACUCUAUGCCCCAGAACACUUCGAGACAAUAAUCAUAAACUCCACAAACCUCGCCGCCCUUGACAUCUGCGAGGUCUGCGGGUCGUACCAAUGCCCCUACUGCCCUUACUACAGCGGCAAGGCUCCCUCCCUCCGCCCCUGCCUCCUGACGCUCAUCCUCUCCGUCCUCUUGCUCUCCGCGCCGCCUCUCGUGGACUCCGUGAGGCAAAAAAGAAGUGGUGAUGGUGAUGAAGAGAAUGGUGAUGAUCCUGUUGGUGGUGGUGGUGGCGGCGGCGGCAACAGCAGAAGGGACAAACGAAGCACGAAACGAACCACCGAAGCUUCGCGCAGACGACCUGGCGGCCAUCAUCGAAGAGUGGGCUCCCCUCAUCUGGCUUCACCCCGAGGAGGUUUUCUUCCCUUCAAGCGUCGACUUCCACUUCGAAAACGUUGAGGUGCGGGACAGGAACGAGACCCAGAUGCAGGCUUUCCCCGACCGCUACUCCGUCGUCACCGGCCCCGACACCAGCGCGUACCACCUCAACACCGUGCCUGACCUGGAGUGCGGGGACUGCCUCCUCGACUGGUUCGCCGGCCAGAACAU